AUGUGCUUUCAGAAGAUAUGCCACAGGGUGGCUCUUGUGGCAGUGUGGACGGCGGUGUGGAGAUGUGCCAAGGCCUCCGAGGAGGCACGAGGCUGGCUGUACGACCCGGACUACUUUAAUGCUUGGGACAUCAAGUGGAUCGAUGGACAUCCACGCGCCGACGUCGCUAGGGUGGAGCCCCUCCGUGUGGGUGAGGUGGCAGAGGAUAUGCGCCGGAGUCAGCCCCUCAGCUUCGUAGAAGUUGGCGAUCCUCCCCGCCAGCUGCUGGGCAGGCACACGGAGAGCCUGCACUGGCAGCGGGGAGUCAGGAAAGUCUGCCAUGCCUUGGUAUUCCUGGACUGCUGGGUCGAUUUGAGCGCAGAGGCUUGUGAGCUGCAGACCUGUUGCGGUAACACGUUGGAGAUCGACCCCCUGGACCAUGAGGCCCCGAACACCGCGGACGCCGAGGAGGCCGAGGUUGAGUUUGAGUACGAGGAUGUCAUGAGGCACCGCGGCAACAGAGUGGUCGAAUGGGCCAGCGAGCUCCCGGAUGCUGCGACUCCCCGCCGCGAUCGCCGCCGACGCCCUGACCCGAGCACAACCUCAACAGCCAGGGCCUCGUGGGACACCCCGACCACUACCACGGCGUCAUCUUCGGGGCCGGCUCUCAUCCCGACGGCCAAGCCCAAGGUCAACUGCAAGUCAGAGCCUCAAUUUGUUGCUGCGCCGGUUGUGCCUACACUGGGCUGUGCCUACUGCCCAGCCAUAACAGUCACACACAUACGACUGUACACUGGCUACCCAGGCGUACCCGAGAAGACUGAGCCUAGGGAUGGGCAACUUAGCCGAGGGCUGCAGGGCCAACCGAGCUCGCACAGCUCACCGGGCAUCCACCCAGGACUUCCCCGGUGCGAGGUUUUGAUAUCGACCAUACGAGCCGUAGGGACCCGGGCUGUCAUGGAUCUCUGGGCUACUCCCAUCUUGUGUGCUAACCUCGCCAUACAGCAGCUUCGGUUUGUAGACGAGAACAUUGAUGACACAGCCGGGUCCAAACAACCCCUCGUCGAUGAGCCAACCCGACAUGGAGAAAAGUUGGUGGCAGCGAACACUGUACGGUACCUGCAGCUCCCCCUCUUCGUGGUCGGUACCUCCUGGCGAGCUCACCGCGUCAAUGCCGACAACCCCGCUGCCGUGGGCAACACAACUUGCCAGGCCAACGCCCUCCCGCCCUACGACGAUAUCGAGCAGCCGCCCGGGCCCCACGUCUACGACUGCUAUGCUGGAACAGCGGCGGCCUCACCAGUGUCCGAUACCGCGAGAGUGGUCGGACCAGAGAACCUCCGCUACAGCGUCCUCAGCCCGGGCCGUCUCCUCCAUGUGCGGCUCCAGCUAGCGGCACCGUUUGACCUUCUAUGCACUUACCAGUGGGCCUGGAAUCCUGGGAAACAGGCCUUUCAGGGCAAGCACAGGAUCAGCGAGAUGAUCAAGCAGCGCCGCGAAAUCUGGCAAGGCAUUGACAAGUGGUUAGGGGGGAGAUCGCAGAGUAGCUUCUUUGCUCUUGCCGGUGAUUUCAAUGCCAGCCUGACCCCAGAACAGCCGAUCUGCGGGACCGGGGUGGUCGCGUCGACGAACGUCCAGCGCGCUCUUGGCCAGACCGACUUCGCGCACGAGCUCGGCCAGGAGAUCAUGCGCACCAUGCCUCAGGCGGACUACCAUGCCGCCCAGGUACUGUGCCCUGACAAAUUGCUGCUGGCAGGCUGGAGGCAAGCGGUGGCCCAAGGACCCGCCAGGCAAACACCACCUAGCGACGAUGCCUUGACCCCGCAGGUGCAGGCCAUGUGGCAGGCCCGUGGGGCCCUCCACAGACUCGGCGUGCGGCUCGGCAGGUGGAGGCGAGUUGGCAUGGACCCCAGGAUCAUUUUGCAAGCAUGGUCGCUCUCCGUGCGGCUGCAGACCCAAACUAGAGCCCUCCGGCGGGAGUGCAGACACAAGAAGAUCAUGCGGGUCGCCGAGGUCGUUCAGGCAGACAACAUUUUUCAGGCAGCCAAGCAGUUUGCUCCCCGCAACCCUCGUCGCAGGCUUCAGCUCCGCACUGCCGACGGCCACCUUCAGACCCACGAGGCCGAGUUUCAGCAGAUAGUCCGCCACUUCGAGACCUUAUACGAUGGACCAGCUUCGGACGGACCCGUCCUUUCCGAGGCCCCGGGCAUCACGGAUCACGAGGUCGAGAAGGCCUUCAAUCGCCUCAAACCUGGCAAAGCUUUGCCAGGCUCCUGUGCUCCGGUCGCUCUGUGGAAACAGUAUAGAGAACAAUUGAUCCCGGUUCUGCAGCUCCAGUUCCAACACUACUUGCAGCCUGGUGCUGCCACCCUGCCACGGGCCUGGUGCUUAAGCGAGCUUGUCCUGCUGCCCAAACCAGGCAAACCCAUGAAGUCCCCGGCACAUCUGAGACCGAUCUCAUUGCUACAUUUACAAGCCAAAGUCCUCGCGGCGGUCCUCGCAGCCCGUCUUCAAGGCCCAGCCAAUCAAUGCCUGAAGCAGGUUCCACAGUACGCUUAUGUGGGCGGCCGCUCCCUGGCGCAGGCUCUCGAGCGUGUCAUCGGGCAUUGCGCCUGUGUGCGCACGCUGGUCUCCGCCAACACCAACAACAUCCACGGCAAACGCCAAGGACGCACCGGGCUUGGUAUCUAUGGGGGCUGUCACCUAUCGCUGGAUGUUUCCUGCGCCUAUGAUCACGUGCCUUGGGCUUCUCUGCAGCAGGCACUCAGGGAGGCGAAGGCCCCGGAGCCACUCAUCGAGGCCAUUCUGCUCAUACAUCACACGGCGGGUUUACACAUCAAACACUGCGGCCUAGAACGCAUUGUUAGUCUCAAGCGCGGCCUUCGUCAAGGCUGCGGCCUCUCUCCGCUGCUAUGGGCAGUGUAUUGUGGCUGGCUGCUACAGGGCAUGCAUGAUCCUGAGAUUCUCGACAUCACCAAGACUAACACGAGUUACGCAGAUGACAUGCACUAUGCCUGGACGAUCUGUAAUGGCAGAGAUCUAGAACGAGCUUAUGCGGCCAUGAAGCAUGUCCUGACUCAUCUCCUCAGGCACGGCCUGACCAUCAGUCAGGGAAAUCGCUACUUCCGCUUCCCCCUGCCGGACCAGGUGCUGCACAUCAAAAUUGAGACGUUCAAGCACAGGCUCACCCUGGCCCGCAACACCUACUCAAGGCUCGGCAAGAUACUUCGCAACCGUGUGGUGCCAGUUCGCCUUCGUAUGCAGCUUUGGCUAGGCUGCAUAUGGCCGGCGCUGCUGCAUGGUUUGGACUGCACAGGACUCCCCAUAAAAGAGAUGCAGACCCUGCAAACCCAGCUUCUCAAGCAAGCCCGCGCCAUUGCCAAUUCGCACAGUAUGCUCACCAGGGAGACCAAUGUCGCCUUUGCAGCUCGGCUUCGGCUCCCGGAUCCUAUCCGCCGCCUACGCCGGGCACUUGAGCUACGUGUGGAGGCUGACCAGUUUCUUCAUUCGACGCUCAGCCCAGGUGAAGCUCAGCAACAAUGGCGCACCGUUGUGAGGGGGCAGCUCUUUGCGUGUUCUGACGGUUGGGGGGACCUGACUGCUGCCACCCCCUCCCCGAGCACAGUUAGGCUUCAGCCUGUGGAUUGUGUUCUACAUGAGGUCUUUAGCUGUGAAAUUUGCGGACAGGAGUUCUCCACCCAAGCGUCUCUGCGCCGACACAUGUACUGCAACCAUCUUGAUGAGGAACAACAGCAGCUCCGGGAUAAAGAAGUCAAGGUAGCCAUACAGAAUGCGGAGAUGGCCCAUGCCAAAGAUGGCAUGCCCACAUGUAAGCAUUGUCUUCACGAGUUCAGCACCUGGCAUGCCUUCAACUACCACGUGAAUUCAAGGAGCUGCGAGUUUCUCAGGGCACUGUACAAGCAACAGGCCACUACCCAGAUGGUUUUGCCCCUCUUAACGGAUGCCCUGAUACACUCGCAAGAGGUACUUGAAUGUGCCAACAAUUGUGGGUGGCAAGACCUGGCUUUGCUUCCGUGUAUUCCGGAGAAACACCACCACUGCGUCGAGUGCAAUCAUUGGAGUGCGAAGCCCCAGUACGUCAGGAGGCACAUGUCCCAGAAACACCCCGACUGCGAUGCCCUCAUUCAGAGAUGUAUCCAGGAAAUCAAGGAUAGCAAGUUGGGGUUGACCAAUCCUUGUCAGUAUUGCGGCCAGAGCUACAAGCGUAAGGAUGCUCAUCUCCGAGCCUGCAUAGGUGUCUUCAAUGGGGUCUACUUGCAUCGCAGGAUGGAGAUGCCCCCUCCCACGGAGUUGAUGAUGGCGACACAGGAGCUGAACCUCCUCCGCUCCAUGACAGGGGGCCUGCGCGAGCCACAAGAGGGGAGGAUGGAGAUGGACUGGGCCCAGGACCUGGACCAUGAGGCGACGGACAACGACCCGGACCACAGCCGAAACCACCCGUCCAAGCUCUCCUGGUCGGCGCCAACGUCUCCGGAGGACAAGCCACCAUGGAGGGCUCGGAAGACGCAGAAUCAGCGGGCGGGGACCAAAGAGCAGGACAAGGACGAGCUGCAGGAGGUGCGGAACGUCGUCAACCUCCUCUCCACCUUGGUCUUGAGGCAGGAAGCACAACGAAGCAUAACCCGACAAGACACUGGCUUCAUGAUCUUCGUCCAAACGCGGACGCCACAGAAUCUAGGUCAGAGCCUGUACCACAUCGGGCAAGCCUGGCACAAGAAGAAGCGGGAGGGCCCGGCGGCGUUGAGCUCACCGAUGAGGGUGGUGUUAUACCAACACCUCCUCGAAGUCAUCAAGGACCGCUUCCAGGCGAUGAUGGCAUCUCCGUCUUCCCGAUCGACGGCUGCAGGACUGGGAUGGAUCUCAGAGUGUGGCAAGCAAGUUCACGGCAUCCGCUGGGACCCGACGUCCCAACAGCACGUCAAGGACGAGCAGGCCGAGACCUUCACACCUCGGAAGAUAGAGGAGGCCCUGGACAAGCUCAUGAUCGCGGCGACGGCCCCUCUGGUGAUACAGCGGUUCCAUGCAACCCGCCCCCUUGCGGAGGAGUACCAGGCUGUGGUGUUGGGAAUGUUUCUCGAAGUGGGCCUCAGGCUGCUUUCUCCGGCACGAGCGGCUUCGGAUGAGCGCGCUGGCCAAGAGAUUGUCGACACUGACGCAACGCUCUGGGUGAGGAAUCCUGAGUGGCUUUCCAUGAUGCAUAGCUGGGCUAAUCCGGAACUGCAGCAUGACGCUGCUGAGUUCCUUCAGUUUCUGAUGGGCCGCCCGCAGGUUGAUCAGCGGGGGCUCACUGUGCUCUGGCAGGCAAGGGCUUGGCAGCAAGCGCAGCUCUGUGUUGUUGAUGAAGGACAAUCUGUGCCCCUUAGCCUCCUGCCCCCGGGUGACUUAGCCGAUGACUCUAGUGGUUCCUACUCGGUUCAAGACCUCGUGGACACUUGGCACCGGCAACAACCAGUGCAUGCUGCCGCCUUGCUCGCCCCAGCCAUGAUUUUGCAGGCCAUUACCGUGCUCUUCUUUUCGAUCACAGUGAUCAGUGUUGGUUCACGGAUGAUGGUGUUGCUGCUGUUCGGUGUGAUAACGUGGAUGAUCUUAGUCAU